AUGAUCACGUGAUGUUCUUGGUAUAAAGAUGAAAUUGUCUAAGAACGUCUAACUGACCCAAAGAGAUACUAGGCGAGGGAGCAUACAUUUAAACAAUAGAGGGAACACGCAAGUCAAGACAGAAACCUAAACAACGUACAAGAACAAGUAGUAUAUAAUGAGACCCUGGUCAUCUGUGGGCCUAGUAAUAGUGCUGGUAGUUAAAUGGCUCUGUGCCCUAGCAUUAGCUGACUCCUUAGAAUGUUCCCUGCCAGAAAAUAAAGCUAUAUGUGACUUAAUAGGUGGAGACGGCGGUAGCGCUGAAAAGAGGUUUCUGCGGUUCGGUCGGGCGUUAGCCGGAGAUGGAUUUCUUAGGUUUGGACGACAGUUUUAUAGAAUUGGUAGAAGUCCACUUGAAGAAAAAAGAUUUCUACGAUUCGGACGCGCUGGUUUCGAUGAAUCUUUGAGUGACUUAGUAAGAUCUUAUAUUAUGCAAAAUGGACCAGUUAGAAGUGAUGUUUUAUAUAGGAAAAAACGCUCAGCAGAAACACCUUCAGAAUCAAAACAGUCAUCAACAGCAGAAAUUACGAAACGAGAAGCCCCACAGACCGAGGAAGAAAAGAGAUUUAUGCGUUUCGGCCGUGAUGGUCAAGAAGAAAAACGAUUCAUGCGAUUUGGUAAAAGGUUUAUGAGAUUUGGGAGAGAUGGUGAAGAUGAAAAACGUUUCAUGAGAUUUGGAAAGAGCGCCAACGAAGAAAAACGUUUUAUGAGAUUCGGUCGAGAUCCCGACAAGAGGUUCAUGAGAUUUGGCAAAGAUGGUAAUGAGGAGAAAAGGUUUAUGAGAUUUGGCCGAGAUGGAGAAGACGAAAAACGAUUUAUGAGGUUUGGGAAAUCCGUAGAUGACGAAGAUAUGGACAACUUUGACGACGAAGAUGCUACUGAUUAUGAAAAGAGAUUUAUGCGAUUUGGAAAAAGGUUUAUGAGGUUUGGCCGUGACUCCGAGGACUCUGAAAUGGAACCUGAAGAGGCAAAGAGAUUCAUGAGAUUCGGAAAACGAUUCAUGCGUUUCGGAAAACGUGAUGGCGAAGAGGAAAAAAGAUUUAUGCGUUUCGGAAAACGCGACGGCGAAGACCAAAAACGAUUCAUGCGUUUCGGAAAACGUUUUAUGCGAUUCGGCAAACGAGACCAAACAGACGAGAAAACAGAGAAAGCAGCAGCGGCAUAGAUAAUAAAAUUCUAUUUCAUACUUGUUUUCAUUUGAGUUAAAUACAUUUACAAUUUGUUACAUAAAAAGGGACCAAAAAUUACAAGGCGAUUAUCCCCCUUUAAUUGUUAUGUUGCCAAAGAUAUCUCCCUUCCAAACUGGAAUGUCAUUUCUGUAGAUAUGUGAACAGGCGUCCCUUUUUGCUAUAACAAAUACACAAACGAGCAAAAAAAAAAAACAUUAAAAAAGAGAAAAAAAAAGAGAAAA